AUGCGUCCACCGUUGAAGAGGGUCAAUUUCUGCAGAGGAGACAAGGUUGAGGUUUGCAGCAAAGAAGAAGGGUUUCUCGGUUCCUAUUACGAAGCCACCAUUGUUUCUAGGCCCAUUUUGCCGGCCCUAAUUGUUUCCCACCUUGACAAUGGCCUCUACGUUGUUCGCUACAAGAACCUUCUCGAGGACAACGAGUCUCAGCCUCUCACCGAAACCCUUUAUCCCAAGGAGCUUCGUCCAUUGCCACCUCAUGUCCACGCUUCUCAGUUUGCGCUCUAUCAGAAAGUCGAUGCUUUCGACAACGAUGGUUGGUGGGUUGGUUCGAUCACUGGCAGAUCUGGUUCUCACUACUACGUGUACUUUUCUACCACAAACGAAGAGAUAGCGUACCCUUCUUCUCAUAUCAGGGUUCAUCAUGAAUGGGUUAACGGGAAUUGGGUUUUUUUGAAUUAA